GUACAAUUGGCAAAGCAGCGGGUUCUGUUACUAUAAGCGUGACAGUCAACGAUGGGUCGUAUGCACAGUGGUGGGAAAGGGAUUUCAAGAAGUGCUUUGCCUUAUAGGCGAUCUGUCCCAACAUGGCAAAAAAUGACGGCAGAUGAAGUGAAGGAACAGAUAUACAAGUUAGCGAAAAAGGGAUUAUCACCAUCUCAAAUUGGUGUUAUUUUGCGUGACAGCUUUGGUGUCGCUCAGGUCAGGUGGCUAGCUGGAAACAAAAUACUUCGCAUUCUGAAGUCCAAGGGUUUGGCACCAGAUAUUCCAGAAGAUUUGUACCAAUUAGUCAAGAAGGCAGUUGCUAUUCGUAAACACUUGGGCAGGAAUGCUAAGGAUAAAGACAGCAAAUUCAGACUUAUUCUGGUUGAAAGUCGUAUCCAACGUUUGGCACGCUACUACAAAAGAAAAAGAGUUCUACCACCUAACUGGAAGUAUGAUAGUUCCACAGCGUCAACACUGAUCGCUUGAUUCAUAAUAUGACAAUGUAAAGUAUGUGGUUGAAUAAAUUUGUCUUGGCGACAUGUUUGCCAUGAUUUUACAAAAGCAAGGUGGUUGGUUCGGGUUUGGAUUGACCCACUUGCCAUUUUUAAACUACCAUACUCAAGUAAAUAUCUUAAUAUUUGAUGGGUUCAGUAUAUUCUCUUGUAUUCAUGUUGCAUUUUAGUCUUGAGGUUUGCCUGCAAUGGUCGUCGUACUCCAUGAUUUUACCACUUUAAGCAUAUCAGUAGUGAUUUUCUGUUUCUAAGUCGUGGCUGAUUCUCCAUGGAUCGCUACUUUGACUGAUUCUAAGUAAUAUUUAAGUGGAACAUUACCUUAUAUCUGUUCUCUCAGUAAGAUACGUUUUAUCCUGUCAGUGACAUAAAAUUUUAAGGUAUGACGCUCAAAUUAUCUCUACUUAACAUAGGUAUCUAAACGUAAAGUAGUUUAAAUACAAUCAUGAAUGCUGACAACCUCCACUUUUGUAUUCUGUGGGUCAGGAAAGUCGUCUUUGUGGUACGAUAUUCUGUCUUGAAUGGUGAGAACGUACGCAGUUGAAGUUAAUUUACUUUGGACACGUUUGAUAACAAGUGGUUGUUGGGUUGGACUAUAGAUAGAUCUAAGGCAACUAAAGUUUCUCAUACAUUCAGCCGAUAUGGUCUUGGUGUGCUUGUAUUCCGUUCCUUUGAAUCAUGAAUUUUCAUGUACUGAUAUCCCUUGGGCACACAUUUUUGUAUUCGUUUCGUGAUCUGAUAUUUUUUCAUUGUUUCUGCACAUUCUACGACUCCAUCGAAAAAGUUGACAUCCAAGUUCGAUUUUGAUGAUUAUGUAUACAUAUAUCAUCGAUACUAAACUUGCUUAUUUGAAAGUCAGAAAUACUUGACAUGCUGGUUGAUAGUUGAAUCUCGAAAUGACGUGUUUAGACAAGGUAUAUAAGGUUGUUUUAGACAUAAACUUGUUUUGCUUCACAUGGUUGCUGGUUAUAUAUUUUCCAAAAAGAUCACACUUACCAUGCUUAAACCCUUUGAAUAAGCACUAGAUGUGGUUUAGCAUUCUAGCUUUGCAACACUAGUGUUAACGUCGAAAAUAACUGCCUGUUUGUAUCGAUCUUAUUUUCAUCUAACGUACCAACUAAUAUUUCCACGAAAGUAAUCAGAUAGUUCGAAAUGCAACCGAAAAGUUAUUGUCAUGCACACAAGUAUAAGCUAUGUUGUAAGUUUCAUUCUUAUUUCAGCUGGACUAGAGGACGUUGAUUUUCCCGGCAUUUUCAGGAACUUCCGUUAUCCACUGACUCUGAAUACCUAACUACGUGAGAUGUAAUAAAGUAAAUUAUAUGCGGUUUAAUUAUUUUCCUAAUCAUUAAAGUAAACAUUUUCAUCUCGGAUCAUAAUCAUAGUAGCCAAAUGCUGUAUGUGCUUUAACGAGGUAUAUGCCAAGUUGUACAAGCUUGUCACAGCAUUUAGUUAUCCCUUGUAAUAAUGAAUCUAACGAUAUUCUGUGAUGAGCCAUUUCCGGACGGAUGCACCUGUGUUGAUUUUACGUGUGAUGUAUAUUUGUAUCAGACAUUUACAGUGAAACAUGGCCGGCAAGAGUAGAGGAUAUCCGUAGGCUACUAGUAUUUGAUCAUAGGUGUCUUCGAAACAUUGCUCGUAUAUCCUGGGACCAUCGAGUAAGUAACACAGUUGUUAGGAAACGGG